GGUACCGACUAGCUAGUACGCAGGUUUCUGGCGUAUUGCACGAACGUCAGUACAGCCCGCAGUAUACCCGGAGCGCAUAUCGGCCGCAAUCAUGUCGCGAGCCGUGCUUUUUAUUAGUGUUUUUACUAUAUUUUUGGACGUCCUGCACGCUAGCCAGGCAACCAGCGGUGCAGAGCCGCAGGUAGCAGUGCUAUGCGAGGCAGGGGCGACCUACCACCCGCAGUACAUGUCAGCUGCCGGCCGCUGGACGCCCGACCUCACCACCAAACCGCACAACUGCUUGAAGGACAAGAUGGAAAUCCUUGACUAUUGCAAGAAGGUAUAUCCAAGCCACGACAUCACCAAUAUCGUGGAGGCGUCCCACUACGUCAAGGUCAGCAACUGGUGCAAGUUGGGCUCCGGAAAUGCAGCCAAGUGCAAGGUCACUCGAUGGGUGAAGCCCUUCCGCUGUCUUGAAGGCCCAUUCCAAUCGGACGCGCUGCUGGUACCCGAGAGCUGUCUGUUCGACCACAUCCACAACCAGAGCCGCUGCUGGCAGUUCUCCCGCUGGAACGCCACCGCUGGCCGCGCCUGCGCCCAACGCGGCCUCAGACUCCGCACCUUCGCCAUGCUCCUGCCCUGUGGAAUCAGUUUAUUCUCUGGCGUCGAAUUUGUGUGCUGCCCUAAACAUUUUAAGGAAAACGUGAAAAUGCACAAACCAAUGGAUGUGGGCGUGCCAGUAAGCCCUGGCGGUGAAGAAAUGUUGGCUGCAUCCGCUGCUAUGGACGAACGGGAUGAUGAACUGUUGGAUGAUGAAGACACGCUCACCGAUGAUGAUGACGAGUCUCUCAACCUGAGUGAUGAUGACGACGACGACGAUGCUGAUGAUGAUAUGGACGAAGACGAAGACGCGGACCUGACUCGUGACGACGACGCAGAAGACGACGACUACACCGACGGCGACGACUCCGCCUGGCCCCGCCCCGAGUCGUCUGCUGCGCCCUCCACAACGUCUACAACUACCACCUCCACUACGACCACUACUACGGCAUCGACCGCCACCUCUGACCCUUAUUUCUCGCACUUCGACCCGCGCACCGAACACCAGAGCUACAAGGACGCCCAGCAACGCCUUGAAGAAACUCAUCGUGAAAAGAUCACCAAAGUGAUGCGUGAAUGGUCUGAACUAGAAGACCGCUACCAGCAAAUGAUGGCCUCUGACCCAACGGCCGCUCAAACCUUCCGCCAACGCAUGACCGCUAAAUUCCAGGCUAAUAUCCAGUCCCUGGAAGAAGAGGGCGUGUCAGAACGUCGUCGUCUGGCGGCCCUCCACCAGCAGCGCGUGCUGGCUCAUCUUGCUCAAAGACGUCGCACUGCUCUCUCCUGCUACACCCGAUCUCUCCGCGACACUCCUCCUAAUGCUCACCGUGUGCAGAAGUGCCUGCAGCGCUUGGUGCGAGCUCUGGCAGCUGAACGCAGCGGAGCCCUAGCCGCCUGGCGCCGCGCCGCCGCCACCGGACGAGAGGCCGCCGCCGCCGAGCGCGCCAGCGCUGCUGAUAGACUGCAGGAUGCCGACCGCGCUCUACAGCGCGCUCUCACGUCGCUUCGCCGCCGCCCGCAUCUCUACGCCAGCAUCGGGACCGCUAUUGAAGAUUAUGUUCAGUCAAUGCAAUCCAAAGACGAUAUGGCCGUAUCCCUGAUGUCAAUGACCCCGGAGGCGGAAGAACUUCUCCUGGACCGCAUCGAGGCCGAGGUGCAGCGCGAGCAGGCCGCCAGAGAACAGCUCACUGCCAAGAGAGACCAGCGCACGAGGCAGCGACAGGACAUCCAGAACGAACGGGCGAGGACUUCAAACGGAGUGAAAGAGAGCGAGGAGACCGACGACGAAGCCAGCGAAGUCAGCGACACUGAAGAGACAACCACAGUGUCCACGACGCAGACCUCCCCCGCUCCCUCCGCCUCACCCUCCCCCGCGGCGUCCGUGUCCGUGCGUGACGUCACCACACGCUCUGCCUUCACUCCAGAAACUACUACCACGGAAAUCAUCACGAGCACGAUGACCGAAGCACCGGAGAGCGAGACGGAGACCAGCGAAGUUGGUGAAACUUCCAGCCGGCGAUCAACUGUCGAGACGGAGGGCGAAGGCCUGCGUGCCGCUCUUGAGCAGGCGGAGGAACGCGCGCCGCCGCCGCCCGCGCACGCGCUCAAGAACGAGCUGCAGCACUCCCAGCCUGGCUACACAGUCCGCGGGCCCAGUCCGAGCGGCAACAGCUCGGGCGCGCUGUACCCCGCGCUGUGCGUGGGCGGCGCUGCGCUGGCGGCCGCCGCGGCUGUCGCGCUCGCUGUCGCACGACGCCGCGACCGCGCGCCAUCCGCGCAGGGCUUUGUGCAGGUCGAGCAAUCCGGAGCCGUGGCCCCGACCCCCGAAGAGCGACACGUAGCUAACAUGCAGAUCAACGGCUACGAGAACCCCACCUACAAAUACUUCGAAGUCAAGGAGUAAACUAUUCAUCCACCACAACCAACCACCAGGCUUCCUUUCCCCCUUCUCUUUCUCUCUUCGGGAAACAUUGGCAACGUCAAGUGAUUGAGGAUUCAACUCUUGCACGUAAACCCUGAGGUUCUCAUGAGUACACUAGAACAAAAAAUCGCAAAUAGAAUCAUAUUCACUAAUAUUGAAUGUAAUUUAAAAUACAGCGCCAUCUAUGAAUAAGUACCAAGUAUUUUGUACAACAGCACCAUCUGUAACUCCAUCUAUCGAUUAGAAGCUAGAUUUGAUUACAACGUUUAAAUUAAACUCAACAGAACCGACAUAGGGUUUAGAAUAACUUUUCCUAUCUAAUUCCUGAAUGAUUUGUGAUGUGUGCUAGAUAUCCCGUAGUUUGGGCCAUUUUGUGGCUUGUCCUUAUAUCUAUGUCCUUGAAUAAUUAAUUCUUUAUGGAAUGAAUGUGUGUGAUAUGUUUAAACGGCAAAGCGAGCCUGGUGGCGCGUAAACAUUCACUUUAAUACUAAAAGCUUUGUGUGAUUAGUCAACAUAAUUUCUUGCGAAUUUUCGCAAUCAGUCAAAAUAUAUACUUGAUAUUAGAAUUUAUAUUGUUUUUGUAUAUGUUAUUUUUUAUGUUUGCACCAAAUUAUUUAUUUGAAUUUUAAGAAUAGCUCUAAGUUUCGUCUAGUGUCAUAUAAUUCGUAAGUGUCACCUUGUAGUCGAGUUCUUUAAAUUAAGUUUUCGAGACCGCAUUCCGAGUGGCAACGGACAGUCCUCAAAUAUCAGGCGCAUUUUUUCCGUAAGAACAAAAUUUUAUUACUGACACUGAACUUACUUUAGCAAUUUAACUCUUCUAUUUAAUGCAUAAAUUAGUUGUACUCAAAUCUCAGAAUUUAUAUAUCUAAAUAGUUAUGUAGUUAAUUUCUUUUUCGGGAACAUUGGAAAAAUGUGGUACUAAAUAUAAGAUCAGUCAAUUUAGUUUAGAGAUUUGUGUACGGAAUUAGCAUAAUUUUAGAUUAUUGCUAAGAUUUUCUUAUUUGUACUGUUUGUUGCUACUCGGAACAACGGAACAAACGUCCAUGGUACGCUGUGUAUAUAGACUCCGCGUACAAAUUUUGAACCUAAAUUACAUACUCUUAAAGCCCGCUUUCAUUUUCUAACGUAGGUAGAUCAUAACGUGAAUUUUAUGUAAUAAAAUGCGAAAAUAUAUUUUAAUAAUUAUGUGUACUUAGCAAAGGGACGGGCGGCAAAGCCGGCGCGGGUGAACGGUCUUGCCUUCGUAGAAUAUCUUCUAGUCACUGAAAAACCUUCCUUAGUCUGGGACGAUUUACCUCGGACGUGUUCUGUCUCCUUUCCUCUUUAUAUUUCUUCGUUUACCCGCGGGACAAUACUCAUAGUUCCCAAUAAGAGAGGACUGUGUACUCAACGUGUGCAAGCGAGACGGAUCCACCCUUUUACGUUGUGAAGCCUCCAGAGCUUCGUAUAAUCUAGUCAAACAUGGGUGCAUCAGAGAUUUAACAUGGCGGAUGUAUGCGCACAUUGGGUACUCGGUUAUGCCGAAGCAGUAAGCUUAGUGAGUGUAUGUACGAUUAUUAUAUAAGUAGAUGUACAAAAGUAAUACAUUAUAUAGAUGUUUUAGCGUCAGAUACAUAGAUAUAAAGCAAAAUAUAAUUAUAUAUCGCAUUCGUCCGUUUAAUGUAAGGGCUUGUGCUCGUGUCUAUUCCCAGGUACCACCUUAAUGUUACGCCGUAGUUAAGAUGUAAUUCUGCCUCAGUAUUAUAUACAUUUAAGCUUAUUUGUUACAUAAGCUAAUUUAUAUACACUUAAUUCUAUUUGUUUACAAGCGUUGUGACGUUGCUACGUUAAGAAAUUCAUAUCAGACGCGUCACGGCGCUUUGAGUCCUUUCACUACGAUGCCUGCAGUAGUUCGGGAACAGAAUAACAGAUGGCGUUGCUCGAGUCGUAACUGGAGAUACGGUGGCGCCCGCUCGUGGCUUGUAAGUUGUACGGCAUCUAAGUAAGUUUACUCACUGUAUAACGUAAGUUUAAUCCUGCAAUCAAGUAACCGCUGUAUUUUUACUAAUAACUAAGUAACGAGCCGACCACUUAUUUUUUUAACAAAACUUUUGCUCAAAAUCUGCUGUCUCUCGUCGGUAUUGAUGAUAAUUCCAAUCGAUGUUUAUAAAAUAAAUGAAAUAAUAAUUAUUCGAUGUCAACAUUAUUCGAUGUUAGUAGUUUUUACCCUGGUUUGUGUAACGUCAGAUCACUGUUUCACGUAUUUUGAAGAUAUUAUAAUAAAUGGUUUGAAAUUUUUUGUGUUUCCUGUGCUACAUUUUAUUGUGAGUUCGAAGUUCAAAUUGAAUCAAUAAAUAGGAAUUAAAA